AUGGGUUUCGCAUUCACUUUUCUUACUUUCUUUAUGGCUGUGGCAGUGGCUGCUGCUCCCCAUCAUGGCGACCUUGUCGCACGCGACUGCCGUACCUUUACCAAAGAUAACCGAGUCGCGGUCCUCACUUGCAAUAUCCCAACAAGCUAUGCUACACCUUCCUGUGGAACUGGCCAAACUGCAAGCGUUCAAGCCUACACACAACUCGUCACCAAGCCUGGCGACAACGACACUACCUGCAGGAUCACGUACCAAUGCUGCACCAAGUAA